AUGGAGAAAGCCGCCGUGUCUGAUGACGGGCUGUUGAUCCCGCUCAUCGACUUGAGAAAGUUCCUCAACGGCACGCCCGACCAACGCACCGAGACGGCCAAGGCCAUAUUGCACGGCUUCCAGACAGCCGGCUUCGUCUAUCUCAAGAACACGCCCAUUGCGGCAGCGACUCGCAAGCACGUCUUUGCCAUGUCGGCCAGCUUCUUCCGCCUGCCGCUCGACGACAAGAUGGCCGUCGGCUGGACCACGCCCGAGGCCAACCGCGGCUACUCGGCGCCGGGCCGCGAAAAGGUCACGCAGCUGUCGGAUCUGGCGGCCGUCGCCAAGCUGAAAGAGGCCGUGCCCGACAUCAAGGAGAGCAUCGAGAUCGGCCGCGAGCACGAAGAGGACUUCCCCAACCAGUGGCCCGACGAGACCACGGCCGCCGCCACGACGGCGGGCCUCCCCGGCUUCAAGGCCACCAUGGUCGACUUCCAUGACCAGUGCAAGGCCGUGCACGUCCAAGUGAUGCGCGCCAUUGCCGUCGGCAUGGGCCUGCCCGAGAGCCACUUUGACAGCUACGUCGACGUCGGCGACAACACGCUGCGCCUGCUGCACUACCCGGCGGUCGACCGCGGCGUCUUCCGCGCCAAUCCCAGCCAGGUGCGCGCCGGCGAGCACUCGGACUACGGCUCCAUCACGUUGCUGUUCCAAGACGGUCGUGGCGGGCUGCAGGUCAAGAGCCCCAACGGCAACUUUGUCGACGCAACACCCAUCGACGACACGGUGGUCGUCAACGCGGGCGACCUGCUGGCGCGCUGGAGCAACGACACCAUCAAGAGCACGAUCCACCGCGUUGUCGAGCCGCCUGGCGGGCCCGAAGGUGAUACCUACCCGGCGCGGUACAGCGUAGCCUACUUCUGCAAUCCCAACUUCAAGAGCCACAUCGAGGCCAUCCCCGGCACAUACUCGGCGGAGACGGACAAGAAAUAUGCGGGCGUCAACACCGGCCAGUACCUGGUGCAGCGGCUGGCGGCGACAUACUAG